AGCGACUCUCUUCGUUUCUCUCAACGGACUUGUAACUCUACUCUAAUAUUUAUCUUGUGCUAUAACGAAUGUCUACGACAAUGGCUGCGGAAACUGUCCAAGAAAGACCCGCUGUUCCCGUCCGCACGGAGACCUCGAGACGAAACCGGCCACAGGUCGUCGGCCCAGAAUCCGGACCAGAGCCCCCUUUCCCAAUUCAACUAGAGGGCGCUGUACAGCAUGGAUUUGGGAGAGGUGGAAAGGAUCUAGGUUGUCCUACCGCCAACCUCCCAGAUGAAGCCCUACCAGCCAUGAGUGAAGUCACCCAGACGGGCGUGUACUAUGGCUAUGCUCGUGUAUACCCUCCCAAAGAUGCGGAUAAGGAAUUGAAGGAGGAGGAUGUGAAGGUGCUGCCCAUGGUCAUGAGCUUGGGGUGGAAUCCGUUCUAUAAGAACGAGCGAUUAACAGCGGAGGUGCAUAUCAUGCAUGAUUUCGCCUCGGAUUUCUACGGGUAUUACUUGAAGGCGCUGGUCCUUGGCUAUAUCCGACCGGAAUUAGAUUAUAUUUCUAGAGAGGCACUUAUAGAAGACAUUGAGACUGACAAGAAGGUUGCAUUGAACUCACUAUCGCGCCCCGCGUAUGAGAAGUUCCAAGCAGAUCCUUUCUUCCAAUCGUAGUGCACAGAGCCAGGAUAGACAUAAAUUAAGACAUACAGAUUCAGGACGGCUUGCGAUCCGGUGGCUUGAUAUCUUGGACUGCUAAGUGCUCCAGAGACUUAACCUCGGAUGACGAGACUUUGCGUUAUUCGAAGGAAUGGGCGUGUUCGGCCUAUCCUUCAGUUUCUUCUUUCCGUAUGUAAGAUGAAGAACAGCCCUUGAGUUCACUUCCUUCCCUUGCAGAGCGCGCAGCGCCUUCUCUGCAGUCUCUAUAGUCUUGAAAAUGAUCAAUCCGUGCAAAAGCUCGUCAUCCUUCUUCGCUGCGAUUACGUUGUUGAUGUAAGGCCAGUAUUUGUUCAGGGCUUUGUGCAACUCCGCACGAGUAGCGGGCAUAGGUUUAAAGUAUAGUCCACGGC